AUGUUUCAAAAAAUAGUGCUUGAAAAUCUUGCGAUUGGUUUUGGAAAUAUUGCCGAUUUUGCAUUUGGAAAACCCGCAGUUGGUCUUGGGAAAGCUGCUCUUGACUCUGCAUUUGAAAAACCUGUGGCUGGUUUUGGGAAAGCUGUUGCUGGUUUUGCGUUUGAGAAACUUGCUGUUCGAUCUGAGAUGGUUGCUGCUGAACUAAU